ACCAGUGCAGUAAAUAAACGGUAAUUAAUUCUGGAUGACAGCAUUUUACAGCAAUUCAUGGAGGGGAAAUAGAGCCUACAUGAAUGUAAUGUACGGUUAUGCAGUGCUACUCUCUGUCAGAGUUAAGGGGAGCGUUAUUCUGCAGUGUGCUAACUAUUCUGCUCCUUAUAAUUACCUGUUAAAACUGCACCUUUUAAUAUUUGAAUGCAAAUGGACAUGCAGAAAUGUGGGGAAUAGCAGCGUGUUGAUGUAGGAUUGGGAAGGUGCAGCCUGGUCACAGACAAUGCUGUGUAAUUGGCUGCAGGAAAUGUUUUUCUCUUAUGAUAGUGUGUAAUGGCUUAAACUGUAAGGAAGGGGAAAACAUUAAGGCUCUAGGAAUGAGAAGUUUGCAUGCGGAUUGUGUGGCAUCUGCUGCAGGUAGCAGCUAAUUGUCCUUCAGCUGUUACGCACCUGGAGAAACAAAACCCAUGAGACUACGAAAACUGUAGGAGGUGGCGCGCUAGUCCAUAGGGACACUCCUUUGGUCGCUUUUGGAAUACAGCUUUGAAAAACAUGGGUGUGCUACUCUCUGCAUUUUCCAUUGCCAUUAAACUCUUAUGUUCUCAGCUCCGUGGCCUUUUGCAAAAGGUCCAAGCUCUUCCAACAUGAUUGGUUUUAAUUCAGAGGAAGCCGUUCUUUUGCCGUAAUUUACCAUGAAAUUGGGAAUUCCUCCUUGUUUUUGUUACAUUCACGAGAACUUUACCUAAAUUGGUAGUUCAGCUUUGGGAUUACGUCCUAUCAAUGUCAACUGUGGUUUACAAGUAAGCUCUGGUGUUUAUAUCAGUAAUAUUUUUUAAAAGUAGACAUCCUGAAAAUAGCUGUAAAUCUAUUCCUCAUUCAGGUGUAGAUGUUGGUAGGAACUGGAAAUUUACCAUUCUUGCAAAGGCAAUUGUUAAAACCAGAUUUACUUUACAGGUAAACGUGACUGAACGGCGUGGGUGAACCUUUAUGUGCUCACCUCUGAAUUAAAAUAUCACUACAUCUGGUUAAGAAUAAGACUUGGGUUUUGAAGCGUUCGAGCAACUUGCUACUGGCCAAGUCAUGACACUCCCAUUUCGAAAGGACUUGGACAAGUACAAAGAUCUCGAUGAGGAUGAAAUUCUUGGCAAACUUUCGGAAGAAGAACUGAAACAACUGGAAACUGUUUUGGAUGAUCUUGACCCUGAGAACGCACUUCUGCCUGCAGGCUUCCGACAGAAAGACCAGACUGCUAAAAAGGCUUCAGGUCCCUUCGACAGGGAACGACUCCUUGCAUAUUUGGAGAAGCAGGCUCUUGAGCACAAAGACAGGGAAGACUAUGUGCCUUUUACAAGAGAAAAGAAAGGGAAAAUAUUUAUCCCCAGGCAAAAGCCUGUCCAGUCUUACACAGAAGAAAAAUUCUCUCUGGAUCCAGAACUGGAGGAAGCCUUGACCAGUGCCACAGACACAGAAUUGGGUGACCUUGCAGCUAUACUGGGAAUGUCCAACUUGAUAACAAACAAUCAGUUCUGUGAUGUAGUGGGAAGCAGUAAUGGGAUUGACAAAGACAGCUUCUCAAAUAUAGUAAAAGGUGAAAAAAUGUUGCCUGUUUUUGAUGAACCGCCAAAUCCCACAAAUGUGGAGGAGACACUGCAAAGGAUUAAAGAUAAUGAUUCCCGUCUUGUUGAAGUUAAUCUAAAUAACAUUAAGAACAUACCAAUUCCAACGCUGAAAGAAUUUGCAAAAGCCUUGGAAACCAACACGCAUGUGAAGAAUUUUAGCCUUGCAGCCACCCGAAGCAAUGAUCCUGUUGCUGUUGCUCUUGCAGAUAUGCUGAGAGUAAACACAAAAUUAAAAAGUUUAAACAUAGAAUCAAACUUCAUCACUGGAGUCGGAAUUUUGGCACUGGUUGAUGCACUGAAAGACAAUGAAACACUGACAGAGAUCAAAAUUGAUAAUCAGAGGCAGCAGCUGGGCACAGUUGCAGAAGUAGAAAUUGCCAAGAUGCUUGAAGAAAACACCAAGAUCCUCAAAUUUGGAUACCAUUUCACACAACAGGGACCUCGAGCCAGGGCAGCUGCAGCUAUCACAAAAAAUAAUGAUUUGGUUCGCAAGCGAAGGGUUGAAGGAGACAACUAGCAGAUCUUGUCAAAACUGUGUGGAGAGUUCAAGGGUCAUCAAGGCACGCUCAUCACCGUGGGCUUUGGCAAUCUUGGACUACAUUUACCUGGGUUAGAAGGGAAAAGACUGGAAACCCCAUUCCUUUUAAAGCAAAGCUAUAUUAAUAAUCUGCUGGUAUGCAUCACGUUUUUCAGAUUGAGACACAGUAACUGCACCAGUCUCUGUACCAUAGUCUUCGGGUUUUUUUAAGAACUUUUUUGCAUUUCAAGACUUUGGCUGUGCUUUCUACUAAAAAUGUAAUUGCAAAUCAAUGGUAUAAUUGUCUGUAGUCAAAGAAUGGGACAUUCAAGGUCAUUGGGUAGAGAAUGACCCAAUUGAAAUGUUUGUAAGAAAAUCUGGGGGUGCUUAUUUACGUGGAGGGGUGUGUAUAUUCUUGAAAACAAUGCAUUAGUGAUAAAGGAUUCUUCACACAACAGUUGGUGUCAUUGUGUAGAGCUGUUCAGCCUUGUUCAUAUGCACUGAAAUCUUUCACAGCUAUCUUAUUUGUAAUUCUACUUUUUUAUUUUUUAUUAGUUCUUGAUACUGUGAUUAAAGACAUCCCUUUAAACCAAACAAAAAUAAAUUGGCUAAGGACUUCUCCUGACAGAUUUGAGGGACUAAUAAAAAGUAGAAGCCUUGCAC